UGAUUCCGGCGCGCCGUCUCUAAACCCGCGAACGUCGACUGUGGCAGCGAAGCUCUGUUUUGGUUUCAAAAGGACUUGUCCAGAGUGCUUUUUCUACAUAUAAAUCCCAACUUUUGUAUAUCCAUCGUCUUGAAUACUUUUCAAAUAUGUUUAACAAUCAAGGAGGUUUUGAUGGGUUUGGUAAUGACCAAGGAGGGCAAGGCAUGGGAGGAGGUGGCUUCAAUUCACCUGGAUUAGGGGGAGGAUUCAACUCACCGGGAGUCGGAGCAUCACAGUCUAAGGCAAAGAGAGCACAGAAAAUCAUACCAUGUAACAUUGCACAGAUCAUGCAGGCAGCACAGAAUGAAAAUGAUUUCAAAAUCGGUGAUGUUGAAAUUCAUCAGGUGUGUAUUGUAGGAGUAAUAAGGAAGGCAGAGGUGUCUGCAACGAACAUCGUGUAUGACGUUGAUGAUAUGUCAGGACCCAUCAUGGAGGUCAGACAAUGGAUCGACUCAGAUGAUUCUAGCAUGGAUCAACAACCCACAGUUUACGAAGAGAACACGUACAUCAAGGUUUCCGGUAACGUGAGGGCGUUUGGUGGAAAACGUAGCAUCGGUCCUUUCAGAAUUGCACCCAUCAAGGACCUCAACGAAAUAUCAAUGCACAUGGCCGAGGUUGUACAAUCACAUAUGCUUCUCACCAAAAUGGCCACAGCACAGAACGGCAACAUUAGUACAGGAAGCAUGGCGGACCCAAACCACUACAGAACACCGGUGAAGGGAGGAAACAUGAUGGGGGGAGGAAUGAUGGCACCUAAUAAUGGACUCGACAAUGUACAAACACAGAUUCAUCAGUUGAUUACGAGUUGCCAUGAUGAAGAAGGAAUCAGCAUGGAUUAUCUCUCCGGGCAGCUAAAAGGAAUUUCAAGAGAUUCUAUCAGGAAAGCUGUUGAGUUUCUGAGCAGCGAAGGGCACAUCUACUCCACCAUUGAUGAUGAUCACUUCAAAUCAACAGAAAGCUGAACCCCUCCUCUCCCUCCCCACCUCUGACCCCUUCCCGCU